GAUGCCUGGCUGCGCCAUGGCGGAAGCCGGGGAGAAGGAAACCAGGUCUUAUGAGGAAUCAACAGAUGAAUCUGAGGAAGAUGAGAGUGAAGAAGAACCUAAGCUCAAGUAUGAACGGCUUUCUAAUGGAGUGACUGAAAUUCUCCAGAAGGAUGCAGCCAGCUGCAUGACAGUGCAUGAAAAGUUUUUGGCACUGGGAACACACUAUGGCAAAGUUUAUUUACUUGAUGUCCAGGGGAACAUCACACAGAAGUUUGAUGUUAGCCCAGUGAAGAUAAAUCAGAUCAGCCUGGAUGAAAGUGGAGAACAUAUGGGUGUUUGCUCAGAAGAUGGGAAGGUACAAGUGUUUGGAUUAUAUUCAGCGGAAGAGUUUCAUGAAACGUUUGACUGUCCUAUUAAAAUUGUUGCUGUUCAUCCACAAUUUGUAAGAUCCCACUUCAAGCAAUUUGUAACAGGAGGAAAAAAGUUGCUGUUAUAUGAAAGAGGUUGGAUGAAUAGAUGGAAGCCUUCAGUUUUACACGAAGGGGAAGGAAAUAUAAGAAAUAUAAAAUGGAGGGGGCACUUAAUUGCUUGGGCUAAUAAUAUGGGCGUGAAGAUACUUGACAUGAUCUCCAAGCAAAGAAUUACCAAUGUGCCUCGAGAUGACAUAAGCCUCCGCCCAGAUAUGUAUCCCUGCAGCCUUUGCUGGAAGGAUAAUUUAACACUGAUUAUUGGCUGGGGAAAUUCAGUAAAGAUUUGCUCAGUAAAAGAACGGCAUGCCAGUGAAAUGCGUGACCUACCAAACCGCUACGUGGAAAUAGUUUUCCAAUUUGACACUGAAUUCUACGUCAGUGGACUUGCACCUCUCUGUGACCAGCUUGUUAUACUUUCAUAUGUAAAGGAGAUCUCCGAAAAAACGGAAGUGGAGUGUUGUGCAAGGCCUAGACUCGAUAUUGUACAACCCCUGCCUGAGUCCUGUGAGGAGAUCUCUUCUGAUGCACUAACAGUACGAGGAUUUCAGGAAAAUGAAUGUCGUGAUUAUCAUUUAGAGUAUUCAGAAGGCGAAUCACUUUUUUAUAUCAUCAGCCCAAGAGAUGUGGUUGUGGCCAAAGAGCGAGACCAAGAUGAUCAUAUUGACUGGCUUCUUGAAAAGAAGAAAUACGAAGAAGCUUUGAUGGCAGCUGAGAUCAGUCAGAAAACCAUAAAAAAGCACAAGAUUUUGGACAUUGGCUUAGCCUAUAUAAAUCACCUGGUGGAGAAAGGAGAGUAUGAUCUGGCUGCUCGAAAGUGCCAGAAAAUCCUUGGCAAAAACACAGAACUCUGGGAAUUUGAAGUUUACAAGUUUAAAGAAAUAGGUCAGCUUAAAGCAAUUAGUCGUUACUUGCCAAGACGAGAUCCAGUUUUGAAACCUCUGAUCUACGAAAUGGUCCUGCAUGAAUUUUUGGAAAGUGACUAUGAGGGGUUUGCAACCCUAAUAAAAGAGUGGCCUGGAGAUCUGUACAACAACACAAUCAUAGUUCAAGCUGUAGUGGAUCACCUGAAGAAAGAUCCACAGAACAGGACUUUGCUACAAACACUUGCAGAACUGUACACUUACGAUCAGCGCUAUGGCAGGGCCCUAGAAAUCUACCUAACUCUGAGGCACAAAGAUGUCUUCCAGUUGAUCCACAAGCACAAUCUGUUCAGUUCUAUCAGAGACAAAAUUGUUCUGCUCAUGGAUUUUGAUUCAGAGAAAGCAGUAGACAUGCUUUUGGAUAAUGAAGAUAAAAUUUCCAUUGACAGAGUUGUUGAAGAAUUAGAAAAUAGGCCUGAGUUACAGCAUGUGUAUUUACACAAGCUUUUCAAGAGAGACCACCAUAAAGGCCAACGGUAUCAUGAGAAACAGAUCAGCCUUUAUGCUGAAUAUGAUCGACCAAACUUACUUCCAUUUCUCAGAGACAGCACACACUGCCCAUUGGAGAAGGCUCUUGAGAUCUGCCAGCAGAGGAACUUUGUAGAAGAGACAGUCUAUCUUCUGAGCAGAAUGGGUAAUAGCCGCAGUGCCUUGAAGAUGAUUAUGGAAGAAUUGCAAGAUGUAGAUAAAGCUAUUGAAUUUGCCAAGGAACAAGAUGAUGGAGAACUUUGGGAAGAUCUCAUUUUAUAUUCUAUUGACAAACCACCUUUUAUUACUGGUUUGUUGAACAAUAUUGGAACCCAUGUCGAUCCUAUUCUUUUGAUCCACCGCAUUAAGGAAGGCAUGGAGAUUCCUAAUUUGAGAGACUCACUAGUGAAAAUUCUUCAGGAUUACAACUUGCAGGCAAAAAGAAUCUUGUGCUGGGAUCCACGAAGGAGGAGUGCAGAUGGAAAGAGAACCUGCUGCUUGACUUGCAAGUCACUGCCUAACACAAAAACUGUGCUGGUCUUUCCAUAAUGAUGGCUUUCCAAAAGAUGUUGCUGCUGUGUCAUUAUGUUGUUUAAUUGUGGGCUCCUUUUGUAAGCCCUGAUAAGAUUGUUUUAUGCCUAUGUAAGCAUGCCAAUGCAAAUUUCCUAUUAAGCUCUUGAGUUUCCAUACCAGUAAAUUUUACUUAGGUGUGAUGUGAAAUACGGGUAGGAGUUAAAAGCAGUGCCUUUGACAGACUUCCUCUUUUUGAGAACAGUCCUUUCCAUCUCAGCAAAACCAAGUGAAUCAAACUGAGUGGCUAGCAAAGUAUGUGUGACUCACAGUGUGCAUUAGAGAAUCCAACAAGAAAGUCUACUAAUGCAAAUUUUAUUGUAUUUUUUUUUAAUAUGGACUCUUCCUUGAAUAAUUUUUUAUGAUGUUGGCAGAUUGCAGACUGAUGGCUUCAUUUUUAAAAAAUUGCCACCCACUCGAUGAAAUGCUACCACUGCUCUAUAUGCUACUCUAAGCUCACCUCAGCUUUGUGGUUAACCUUUGAAAUCUGAUCACUACCAAACAACCAAGCAUAGCACUAAAGCAGAAUUAGAUAUUGUUUUGGGCAGAAACAAAAUAGAGAUAAUGUGCAACUUUUUUCUGCCAUGAGCUUAAAACUGAGCAUCCUCCUAACUAUUCCCCUAAGCAGGGAAAUAUUUAAGUGGUUUUUUUAAUUGGGAUUAAACCUUGAAGUGAUUUUUUUUGUUGGUUUUUUUUUUUUUUUACCCAUGAAGAUAAUUUAUUUUGGUGUUUUGUCUUUGACACUGUUUGAGUUAAUGUAUUAAAACCAUAGUACAUAAUCAAAUGACCCUGAUUGUAAUGAUGAAAGUUUAUUUACUGCUGAAAUAAUGCUGAUUUUAGUGUUUAUAUACAGUAACAUUCACAAGCAACAAAGUUAUAGGGUUUUUUUUAUUUUAAUAGGAGCAUUUAUCAAAUAAAAUGUAGUCUGAAGCUUUUUUAGUGCUUCUGAAAUUUACUUUGUUGCUGUCAUAAAUUUAUAGAUAAAUUAGUCAGGUAAUCUUAAAGAGAAACCUGAUUACUUAUUAGAAAUUACACAUUCCUAGUGCUUUUUUUUAAGUGCAAAUGAAUCACCAUUCUCCAGGUUUCUAAAUCAUUGUAUCACACAUCUCACAAAGAAGGCUGAUUGUAAAAUCUCCUUAUUUGUAGACUUGUGAAUUAAUUAUAAGCCUGUUGUGCUUUCCAAAUGUAUAAAAUAGGUGUCUUUUCAGCUUUAGUUCGUAUCUGAAUGAAAUGUAGGAGUGGUAUUGGAAGAGGCUUAAAUACCUCCCUUGUUUUAGAAAGAAAUGCUUCAUUUUUCACCCUUUCUAUGUCAUUUGUUAGAAUAAAUCUUUGAAAGAUGUUGAUUUUCUUAGACUCCUAGCUUUAAAAUACAGAAGCAAUUUGUUUAGAUGUAGUAUACUUAGAGAUUUUGUAGAUUAGCAUUUUACACAAACACUGACUUACUAGUUUGUACUUUGAACCUGCAGGAACUCUGAUGGGUAACAGACAUUGAUCCAUUCACAGAAUUCACAUCUCUCCAUUCAUAAUAGACUUUAUGAACUAGCAGAACCCAAUGAUAAUCCAAUGAAUGAAUGCUUGAAACAGCACCUGGAAAAAUUGUUAGGUUAUGUUCCUGAACAUAACUAAAAAUGCUGUUCAGACACAUUGGAGUCACUAGAGGCCAGGUGGCAGCUUGCACAGGGGGAGAUGUGCCUUUUGGCUGUAAAGAGUGAAAAUAAUGUGUUUUAAUUGCGGCAGUGAUGCUGUUUGAAAGAAUUUGGUUAACUGGCCUUGAGAAACUUGGACUUGUUUGUGGGUUAAGCUGAAUCAAGGCCUGAAUUAAUUCCCAUAGUUUUGAGUAUACCCUUUAAAAUUAACUCCAUACUGCAGUGCUUUUCUUUAAAGAUAAUGUUAGGCUUGAUUUACACAUGUAAAUCAAGGCUGUUUUAAUCAAAUAGAAUGGUUUAUGCCUAAUAUCUUCCCUAAUAUAGCCAGAAAACAAAUUAUUUUUUGCAAUAUCAGUUUUGUUUUUAGCAAUUUUCAUUAAUUUCAUGAAAGGCAUUAUUUCUGCCUAAAACUUCUUUCUGUAGGUGCAUAAUCCUGUCAUGCUUGUGCUCACAAUUACAUUCUUUGAAAGGAUAAAUAAAAUUCAGUUUCAUCGUCAGUACUGUUUCUGUGAUGAAAGUGGUUUCAUCACAGAUUUAUGCCCAAUGUCAGUUUUAACUAGUUCAACUUAACCUUAAGGUGCACAGUUACCUAUUUCUCUCCCCUUUAAUGAAGCUCCCACUCUCUGGACUCAAAUUCCCUUUCCUUUGCUUUCUGUAACUCUUGAAUUAUCCAUUUUUAAGGUCAUCAAAUAAAUUUCUACAGAAGUGUUGAGAAUAUAUUACCUUGAGAAUAGACAUUUUACAUUCUGCAUUGCGAUUUUUCCUUUUGUAUAGUAAUGGCUGCCUACUGUUUUCCAUUUCUAGCAAAAUAAAGUCUGACAGUCUUUAUGUGGUAUGGAAAGAUCUUAGUGCUGUUUAAAUAAUGGGAGAAAGUGCAUAUUUCUUAAAAUAUAUGUUUUAUCAGAUAUUUCUGUUACUCCUGGGUUUUAAGGCAUCAAACAUUAUCAAGGUUUUCCAGUGAGCUAGUGAUGUCUGUUGUUUCCCUCUUCAUUGUUCUUUCUUUUUAAUUAAUUUUUUCUAUUACCACACUGUAUUUUAAUUAAGAAAUGCUAGGACACACUUCCGUCUUCCCAUUGUAUCUUUGUUCUGCUUCUUUCAUUUAACAUGGUCACAGCACCAAGGUUAUCAGAGUUCAAGAAACAUUUGGACAAUGUUCAGAGUCACUUGGUGUGAUUCUUGGUGCUGUCCUCUAUAGCACCAGAAGUUGGACUUGACACAGUCUCAUUUGUCCUUGCUAAAAGUUUCUUGUAUUUUUUUCAAACCUAGCAACAUUUUUCUUUAUUUAGAACAAAAUUUUACUUUCUUUGUUGCCUUUGGAUAAAGUUAUCAAGGGGAGGACAUAGCCAGAUUGUUCCUGAGAUUAUCAACAGAUAAAAAUUACUCAUUUUCUAAGUGUUUGCCUUGUAGAUCUGCAUUUAGUUGCUGGUGCUCUGAAAUGUUUUAUAGGUCAAUGUCUCCAAUACUGGAAAAGUGUCAUUCACCCACUGAUAUGCCCAAUUUGAAAUGUUCACAGUAUUACUCAGUGUUAAAUUUUUUUAAUGUACUUCAGAUUUGCAGUCUUAUCUGCAAAUCUGUCAUUCUUAGCAGUGUGUCCUUAAUACUUCAGAAUGUAUAUGUGAAAAGGUGGAGUUUUGGACAGUGUCCACCUGGCUGUAAAAUCUGUUAUUGUGCUUUUUCUUAGGUCUUUGCAUUAUCUGUAUUUUGCACUGUCUUAGAAUGCUUGCUGUCUCCUGUAAUGAAAAUUAUCAGAAGAAAGGAAUGAGCAUUGCUUCUUUAUACCUCUCUUUUAGUAGGGUCAGUCACAUUAUACUUAACUGUAUCUUUGGGAAGCAGUUUUCAAAGGAAUUGCUGUCUUGGAAAACAAAUUUCCAAACAUCAGAUGGGUAGGAGGAAGAAAAAAUUCCAAAAUACUUACUUGGGUUUGUCGCCUUUCCAUACUUGCUCCAUUAAGUAUUGUGAAAUAAGGUUCUGUAUAAUUGUUAUGCCCUCGCUUCUUCUGUGUUUCAAAACCAUUGUCAAUCUAAUGAAAAAUACCAAAUAAGUCAAAAGAGAUCUGAGACUUUUGCUGAAGAGGAAUGAACUAGGAACCUUUGGUUAGUUGCAUGGACAUAUAAUACUGCUUAUUAAAUGACUCCUCAGCGGGAUAUAUGUUUGAACACAAUGUAUUUUGACUUGCAGUGUUCAUGAAGGUUUUAAGAUUAUCAAAUAUCUUUUCUGAAGAAGACAGGAAAGAUACAGGAAGAAGAAUUUUAAAUGGUGUGGAAAUUAAUUCUGAGGUGCACUGUAAAAAUUCCUCUCUGUUGUAAUUUGUUAACACUGUCUCAUAGAAAGACAUUCAUAAUUAUGAUAAUAGUAUCUCUGUAAAGAGUUCUAUUUCUUGAUGUUUGUUUUUGUUUUGUGGGGUUUUGGGGGUUUUUUUUAUGGGCUUUUCAUUUAGGUAGAGGUGAUGGCAACAAAAGGUUCCUCCUUUAUAAUACCUUGAAAAGUUUUAAAUAUUCCUUGCACUCACUUUGGCAGCAAAAACAGAGUGAUGA